AUGAGUGGUGGUCUAGUCCCUAGCAAAAGUACAGUCUACAUUUCGAAUUUGCCCUUUGAUUUGAAGAACAACGAUUUGCACAAAAUCUUCGAGAAGUAUGGGAAAGUUGUGAAAGUAACAGUUGUAAAGGAUCGACUUACCAGAAAAAGUAAAGGCGUAGCAUUUAUUCUAUUUUUAAACCCCGAAGAUGCGAAAACAUGCACUCAGGAAAUUAAUUUGAAAGAAAUGUUUGGUAGAACAUUAAAAGCGAGUAUAGCAAAGGAUAAUGGCAGAACAACAGAGUUUAUUAGAAGAAAGGAAUACCCGGAUAAAACCAGAUGUUACGAGUGCGGCGAAAGCGGACAUUUAAGUUAUAAUUGCUCGAAAAACUUGUUAGGAGAUCGGGAACCGCCCCCGAAAAAAGUAAGAGUACGAAAGAAGAAAGACGAUCAGCAAGGAUUAACUGAGGAAGAAAAGCAAUAUUUUGAUAGUUCGGAUGAUGAAUAUUGUAAAUCUGAUGACGAAACUUUGAGUGCUGCUAUACAAACUGAACAAGAAAAAAUUGAUCUUGAAGAAUACCGUUUUAAAGUGGCUACUGGCUCGUAUGAUAGCAAUGUUGAAGGACAGAGCACAUCGAAGAAGAAAAUAAAGCCGAGCGCUUACUUCAGUGAUGAAGAAGAGAGUGAUUAG